AUGAAGAUACAAUUGGUUCCACGUUUUUCGUUAAUCAUUAUUUUGUCUGUUUGUUCAUAUCAUGUCAGUUCUCAUUUUCCCAUUUCUGAAGUUACUUCUAAUUUAAAAAUUAUUGACAAUUUGCUUCAAAAAGUUAUAGAAUACGUGGAGAAAAGUAAGGAACCGUAUCCGGGUCCAAUAGACUGCAAACACGUUCAAUCUAAUGGCAAUAAUAAAUCUGGUAUUUAUAGAAUUUGGCCUUUAAAUUGGGUAACUGUUGGAAGUUUUCUUGUUUAUUGCGAUAUGGAAAUAGACGGAGGAGGGUGGACGGUUUUCCAAAGAAGAGGGGAUUAUAAACAACCUAAAGAUUAUUUCUUUAAAGACUGGGAGCAAUAUUCAUUGGGAUUUGGUAAAUUAAAUGAAGACUUUUGGCUAGGUAAUGAUAAAUUAUUUGCUUUGACAAAUCAAGCAAACUAUUCUCUAAGAAUCGAUAUGAAAGACUUAGAAGGAAAUAAAAGAUAUGCAUUUUAUAAAGAAUUCUGGAUCGAAAAUGAAAGACAACAGUAUAAAUUGCAUGUUUCUGGUUUUGAAGGAGAUGCAGGCGAUUCCUUCAGUAAUCUGAAUGGCAUGAAAUUUACUACAAAAGAUAAGGAUAAUGAUAUCUGGAAUAAAAAUUGUGCGGAAGAAUUUAAAGGCGGCUGGUGGUAUUCUAAAUGCCAUGGAUCGAAUUUAAAUGGACUUUAUUUGAACGGAUCCCAUUCUACAUACGCUGAUGGAAUCGAGUGGGUGACUUGGAAACAUUAUAAUUAUUCAUUACCCGAAGUAAAUAUGAAAAUACGAAGAAUAAAUGUUUUCCAAAGAAGAGGGGAUUAUAAACAACCUAAAGAUUAUUUCUUUAAAGACUGGGAGCAAUAUUCAUUGGGAUUUGGUAAAUUAAAUGAAGACUUUUGGCUAGGUAAUGAUAAAAUAUUUGCUUUGACAAAUCAAGCAAACUAUUCUCUAAGAAUCGAUAUGAAAGACUUAGAAGGAAAUAAAAGAUAUGCAUUUUAUAAAGAAUUCUGGAUCGAAAAUGAAAGACAACAGUAUAAAUUGCAUGUUUCUGGUUUUGAAGGAAAUGCAGGUGACUCCUUCAGUAAUCUGAAUGGCAUGAAAUUUACUACAAAAGAUAAGGAUAAUGAUAUCUGGUAUAAAAAUUGUGCGGAAGUAUUUAAAGGCGGUUGGUGGUAUUCUAAAUGCCAUGGAUCGAAUUUAAAUGGACUUUAUUUGAACGGAUCUCAUUCUACAUACGCUGAUGGAAUCGAGUGGGUGACUUGGAAACAUUAUAAUUAUUCAUUACCCGAAGUAAAUAUGAAAAUACGAAGAAUAAAUUAAAAAUAUAAACAAGUAAUAAAACAACAGACAAAAAUUUUGAAUUAACAUUCA